UCCGGGGGCAGCUCGCUGCUGCUCCUCGGGGUGGGUGCCGCGUGUCAUUGGCCAGGCAGCGGGAGCACGUGGGGCUGGGUGUAAUCUGCAGGCUCAGCCUGGGAGGGGAGGGCGCCCGUCUGACUCACUCGCUGACUCUAAUCCCGCCGGAGGAGAAGGCAGGACACAAACAAGACUUGAGGAGCGAGUCCAGCCGGACGGGCCAAGGAGCCGCGCAGAGCCGGGGUGGCGAGCCGGAGGCCGAAGGGGGGGAGAUGAAGGCAUCGAGCCCUUUGCCGACGCUGUUCGGUGCCAUCCUCGCCGUCUCGGCUGUGACGGGUGAUUUCUGUGAUGUGAACCACUGUGAGAACGGGGGUACCUGCCUGACUGGUAGCAAUGAGACUCCAUUCUUCUGUAUCUGCCCUGAAGGUUUCACUGGGAUUGACUGCAAUGACACGGAGAAAGGCCCCUGCCACCCUAAUCCCUGCCACAACAAUGGCGAGUGCCAGCUGGUGCCCAACCGGGGUGAUGUCUUUAUGGAAUAUGUCUGCAAGUGCCCUGCGGGGUAUGCAGGCACCCACUGCCAAAAGAACGUGAACGAGUGCUCCUCACAGCCAUGCAAAAAUGGAGGCACCUGCCUAGACCUGAACGGCGACUAUGCCUGCAAAUGCCCCUCUCCAUUCUUGGGGAAGACCUGCCAUGUCCGCUGUGCUGUUUUACUGGGCAUGGAGGGAAGGGCCAUUGCAGAUGCCCAGCUCUCGGCCUCAUCUGUGUACUAUGGGUUCCUAGGCCUGCAGCGCUGGGGUCCCGAGCUGGCCCGACUCAACAACAAUGGAAUUGUCAAUGCCUGGACCUCCAGCAACUAUGACAAGAGCCCCUGGAUUCAGGCAAACCUGCUGAGGAAGAUGCGGCUGACAGGGAUCAUCACGCAGGGUGCCCGUCGUGCGGGCUGGGCAGAAUACGUCCACUCCUUCAAAAUAGCACACAGCCUGGACGGGCGUGUGUUUGUGUUCUGCAGGGACGAGAAACAGAAUCAAGACAAGGUUUUCCUGGGGAACACAAAUAAUGAUGGCAUGCAGUCCAACACGUUCAAUCCUCCGAUCACAGCCCAGUACAUCCGCAUCUACCCUGUGAUGUGUCACAGGGCUUGCACGCUGCGCUUUGAGCUGGUGGGCUGCGAAUUGAAUGGUUGUUCGGAGCCGCUGGGCAUGAAAUCCCGCCUGAUCUCUGACCAGCAGAUCACAGCCUCCAGCAUUUACAAGACUUGGGGCAUCGAUGGCUUCACCUGGUACCCACAUUAUGCUCGCCUGGAUAAGACAGGCAAGACCAAUGCCUGGACUGCACUCAACAACGACCAAUCUGAGUGGCUGCAGAUUGACCUGCUGACUCAGAAGAAGGUGACCGGUGUCAUCACCCAAGGGGCUCGGGAUUUUGGGCACAUUCAGUAUGUGGCAGCCUACAAAGUGGCUUACAGUGAUGAUGGGACAUCCUGGACCGUUUACAAGGACAACAGGACGAACAGCAGCAAGAUCUUCCAAGGAAACUAUGACAACACCUCUCACAAGAAGAACGUGUUUGACGUGCCCUUCUACGCCCGCUUUGUGCGCAUCCUGCCUGUGGCAUGGCACAACCGCAUCACACUGCGCAUGGAGCUGCUGGGCUGUGAUGAGUAAUCUGCCAGGGAAGGCGGCGUGGAAGGAAAGGACUGGCCUGCCGCCUGCCCCCGCCUCCCACUCCGGGCCUUUCUCCUGCACGCCUGCUGCUGUAACGUCCCCCUCUCUGUGUCUCACCCACGCUGCCCCACGACGUCUGUGUCUGGUUCCUGGUCAGGGCUGGAGAGGGGCAGUGAGUGCAUGACUGUAGCUGAAGCUGAUAGAAAUCUCAUGGGAGGGCUCUGGGUCCCCCUCGCCUUUGCUUUAGAAAAGCAUGUGACAGCCCCGCAUUGGUGGGGCUCCCGUAUUUGCACUAACACGCAAAGGCCCCUGCAGCUCUCUGGGCCCACAGCUCUGCACUUUAGGGGGCUGUCCCAGCUGAGGGGCUCUUGCUCUCUGAGCCCCUCAUGUUGGUCCAGGUGUUUCCCAUCCAGGCCCUUGGGGGCUCCCUGCAAACAGAGGCCCUAGCAACCUCCAUCAGAUCCUGAAAACUACUCCCCCUUGUAGCUCUGCUUCCACUGAAGGGCCCUUAGCAAUCGAGAGCUCGUCUGUCUCCCAUCACCUUCAGCAUUCAGGGGAGCCUUUGAGCGAGAUGCCCUGGAGACAGGGCAGGCCCCUCCACUCAUGACCUCUAUCUUUCAAGCAUAGCCAGGUAGCUGGCUUCCCCCUUAGGUGUGUUGAGGGGAGAGGGAGCUUCCAGUUCUUUGUCUCCUAAAGUAAUUCAGAAGGGCCCUUGGGAAGAAUCUGUUGCUACUGAGUGCACCAAUCACCCCCUCCUUGCAGGCAGCGAUGUUGCUCUGGGUUCUGUCAGUUCAGCAUAGUGGCAAGGGAGUGAUGAGAAGGGGCGGGGGCAUAGAUCAAGUCAGAAGUCACAAGGCUCCAGUGUGGGGAGAAGCUGGCAGCUGGGAAUCUGUACACACAGGGCCUUGUUUUCAGACUGGGCAUCUGGCUUUGCACUGCAGAAACUGCCCUGCUCCUGCAGGGCACGCAUGGGAAGAUCUGUCCUGCCAGUGGGGGAGCUGGGCACAAAGGGGGGACGUGCGUAAUUUCUGUUGUAAAAUCAGGGGGGCUGGGAAUGUGGCCAACAGCGACUGACCCAAUGUCCAGCACCUGCCCGUAAUGCCCCAGGGCAAACACUGCAGGCACAAGAACAGGACAAGUGCUAUCUGCAUUCCCACUUUUGGUCCCAUGAGCAUCGCUUCUGAGCACCCAGCUGGCCAGGAAUUCAUACAGGACAGCACAGCCACCCUGCCAGUCUCCACUAGGCUCUCAUCCCCCACUGCCACCGAGAAGUGAAGCCCCGUGCCCCUGCCCAGGUAGCCAUUGUUCCUGGACUCCAGCUACUGUAGUGCAUCACAGUGAAGUCCACAGCCCAAACCCUCCUGUAGGCCAAAAGGACGGCCCCAGCAAACACAGUUUAUCCAUGGUGUUUCACAGUACCGAGUCCCAUGAUGGUGCCCUGCUAAAGGAGAACCUAGAGAUUCUCCAGCCACGUUUUCUGAUGUUUCCUCAAUUCUAUCAUCUCAGGACAGUGCAAGGCAGGGGUGGCACACAGAACAAACUGGGCUUGUGGUAUGGAGCUUUGAAACCCUCCUCCAGCCCUGCUCACAUGCAGGGAACUCCCUAGCAGACCCAUGGUACGAUUCUUGGCACAGAGGCGACUGGCAUGUUGCAUGAUCCAUGAAUGAGCCUGGGGUGAGGACUCAGGGUGUUCUGUGCUGGUUCUGAACCAAACUUCUGCCACAGCACUCCAGGGUCCUUGGAGAGAGAGAGAGAGAGAGAGUGUAUCUGUGUGCGCAGCUGAUCAGUCAAAGCCUCUGGCCACCUCCCAUUGAGACUGCUCAGUUUGCAUAGUAACUCCCCUUGCUUUCCCAUGAGACAGUCUCAGGAUGUUAAUCCUGGGAAAGAGGGGCCCAGGCUCUGCGGUGUCUAUAGCUUUUCCCCCAUCAUUGGGCAGAGGUUUCCCUCAGUGGGGUUGGUGUCCGUCAUAGCCAGUCAACAUGCAGUUCUGAGUGCCUGCCCCUGGCCUUCUGGUUCACAGCAUUACCAGUUCUCCUGAUUUUAGUGUGAGUCUCAUAUUUGGUCUUUUCUCAAAGCCCCAGCUCCUGGGGUCAGGUGAUUACAGGAGAAUCUCAGCUCUCAUUUAAAGAGAAAAACAAAAAGUAGAUUCUGGUCGUAUUGGUUGCAGAGAAAAGCUUGAAAUGCUCCAAACCUAGAAGGACAAUCAGAAGAACCCAACAUUGAUUUUUUUUUAAAUCUCAGGAUUUUUAAGCCAAUCUUGCAUUUUAGGGGGCCUGUCUCAUGAUAUUUGAGUGCUUCAGGAUGGUAAUACUGGGUCCAUCCAUGCACACUACCCGCUACAAGACUGAGAGUGGGGACAGAGAGGCACAGCGACUGCCCCAGAGGGUGUGCCCCUCACUGACCUCACAGCAUGGCAAUAGCUUGGCACCUGGCUGAGCAGAGGCUCCAGAUUUGGGAUCAAUCCCCAUUGGCAGGGAUGUGUGUGUCUCUGGUGUGGAUCUGACUUGAAGCGUCAUGCAGAGCUGGACCUUCUUCACGUGUGUUUGUGAGGGAGAUGGAUUCUUUGGUGUAAAUGAUGGCAUGAGCGAGUCUUGGAUGGGAAGGCAGCACACCCUGUAAGUGUGUCUGAGAGUAUUAAAACAAGCUGAAAUUCA